GCCCGACGCCACCGCCGUACCGCCGCAACCUGAGUUCCAACCCAACGUAACGAGUGCGCACCAGCAUCCAGACACACGCCCGGAGCUCCCUCCUCGCCCGCACCCGCUCGACGGCCGUCGACAUGGCGCAAUCCGCAGAGCGCAUGCUCAUGAACGAGUUCAAGGCGCUGAGCAAGGAGACGUGGACCAACAUCGAGUUGAUCAACGACAAUGUGUUUGAGUGGAGCGUCGCGCUCAUCGUGCUGAAUCCCGACUCGCUCUACUACGGCGGCUACUUCAAGGCGAAGCUCACUUUCCCCAAGACAUAUCCCUACCAGCCGCCAGACUUCCAGUUCAUCCGCCCCCUCUACCACCCCAACAUCUACCCCAACGGCAAGCUCUGCAUCUCCAUCCUGCACCCGCCCGGCGACGAUGAAACCUCGGGCGAAACCGCCGCCGAGCGCUGGUCUCCCGUGCAGCGCGUCGAAUCCGUGCUGAUUUCCGUGCUGUCGCUCCUCGACGACCCAGAAGUCUCAUCUCCCGCCAACGUCGACGCUGGCGUCAUGCUGCGCAAUGCGCCCGAGGAGUACAAGACGCGCGUCAAGAAGGACCUGGACAUCAGCAAGGGGGACAUACCCAAGGGGUUCAGCAUGCCGACGCACGAGAGCGCGUUUAAGAAAAAGGAAGACGAGGGGGAUUUCGAUAUGAGCUGGGAGGACAGCGAUGUCGAGAGCUUUGGGGGGAGUGAGAGUGAUUUGGACGGGGAUGAGGAGAUGGAUAGUGAUUUUGAGGGGGAGGCGGAUGACGAUGAGGACGAGGAUGAGAAGUAGACGGCUGCGACGAUCGAUGGAAGUCUGGUGCCCAGAGAAGCGAUACGACGGCUACAAAGCGGUGCACGACGACAUGGAGGGAUGCGCAUCUCUUCACUCGGUCCUGCGGUUACAGCCGAGAGCGCGGCGAAACGGAGGACCUCGGACAAACACCCCUCCACCACGCCAUCAUCACCCCCACUCAACACCAGGAUCCUCCCGUCUCUAUUUCCUUUCCUCUCCUUCAAACAGCACUCUGCAUGCAUCGGCGGCGUUUCUGGCGUGGCAUUUGGUCUAUUUUGCAUCGGUCGAAAGGCGGCCAACUCACUUGGGCUUGGAGAGUUGCGGAAUCAGGAUUAUGGCGUAUUUUGUAGAUAUUUGCGUGCAUCAGCGACGACUUGAAUGGAAAG